GAACGGCUGGGAUGUGGUAGGGGAAACAUUGCAGGAUGAGGGCAGGGAAUGGACGAUGAUUCAGUUGGAGACGAAGAGCGAGACAGGCUGAUGGUUGACGGGACCAUGGCCCUGUGACCCGUUCACGCCAGUGUGUGAUGGCAGAAGCGCUUCGAACUCCGGGUGUCACGUUCAAAGAGUCGGGGGGAACCUAUCGCCCUGGGCCUAACAUCAGCAAUAGACGCGCGAUAAUAUACAGAACAUCUCCGAAUCAAAAAAUUGCUGAGCCCUCGUCCGACAGUCGGAAGUCGAAAACGGUGUCAUUCCACAGUGCAACCAGUCUCCCCACAGAGCGAAAAAUUUCAAGCGCUUCAGCAUGUCUUCAGUACAUGAUUACUGGCAGCAGUCUCAUAAAGGUGAAGCAGAAUUCGAAGCAAUACCAUCGCUUCUUCACCCUUUCUGAAGACCUCAACGCCAUACGUUGGACUCCUACGUCCAAGAAAUCUUCCAAAGCUGUAGUGCCAAUUGACAGCAUAAAGGAAAUACGAGUAGGAAAAAGCACGGAAGUUCUUCGAACCCGGGAGUUGUCUUCUGGACAUACAGAAGAAUGCGCCUUUUCUAUAAUCUACGGCGAUGAUUUUGAGUCUUUGGACUUGGUGGCUUCAACACCUGAGGAGGCCAACAUCUGGGUCACCGGACUGAAUGCACUUAUUGGCGCCCAUAUAUCUCCAAAUGGCCUGGAACAGAAAGAGGCUCUGCGGGAACGAUGGCUGCGGGAGAUGUUCGAGCAAGCCGCCACGGACGAGUCGGGGUGCAUGGACGAGAAAACUGCCAUCAGCCUCAUCCAAAAGCUCAGCUGCAGCGGCCACGUCACUACCGUCCGCAUCAAGCAGAAACUGGCGGAAGUUCAUCAAAUGAAGAAUGAUGGCAGAAGACGGACCAUAGAUAGCAAAGAAUUUAUCGACAUGUUCAAGGAGAUCGCAACAAGACCAGAGGUGUACUUUCUGCUCAUUAGGAUAGCAAACAAAGACUAUCUCUCUGUGGAGGACCUGCAACUCUUCCUAGAAGGAGAACAAGGGAUGUCAGACUUAACACAGGAGAAAUGCAUGGAAAUCAUAAAUCUAUAUGAACCAACGACUGAAGCUCGUGUUAAUGGACAACUACUUAUUGACGGUUUCACCAAGUACCUGCUGUCAGAAGAGUGUGACAUCUUCGAGCCUCUUCAUCGAAAGGUGUGUCAGAACAUGAGGCAUCCUUUCACUCAUUAUUUCAUUUCUUCCUCCCACAACACAUACCUACUCGAGGACCAGUUGAAUGGCCCAUCCAGUGUUGAGGGCUAUAUCCGUGCCCUUGGCAAUGGCUGCCGUUGCAUUAAAGUGGACUGUGUAGAUGGACCAGAGGAACCUCUUGUAUACAGCUACAAUACUCUGACCUCGAAGAUAUCGUUCAGACACUGUAUUGAGGUGAUCAAACAAUUUGCCUUCAUGCACUCACAGUACCCCUUGUUUCUUCACCUCGAGAAUCACUGUAGCGUGGAACAACAGCAUACUGUGGCACGCAUCCUCAAAUCUACACUAAAUAAGUUGCUGUAUAUUCACCAUGAGGGCAGUUCAUGUGAUGUAACCCAGAUGAGUCCUCAUGAGCUACGGUGGAAAAUUAUUCUUAUGGGUAAGAAGCUGCCAUUGGACUGGGAAGAUGAGGAGGGCGAGGUGACAGAUGAAGACGAAGGUUCUGAAUCUAGUAAGAAGAAAGAGAAGCCAAGACGAAUUUUACUGUGCAAGGAGCUAUCAGAUCUCAUCAGCCUGGUCCGGUGUCACUUUGUCAACUUCCUUACUUCAAGAGAGAUUCAAACUCCAAGAGAGAUGAAUUCAAUCAAUGAAUCUGCAGGCAGUGAAUUGGCCCAUUCUUCUGCAGAGGAUUUCACAGACCACAACAAAGCAUUUCUGACUCGCAUAUUUCCAAAAGGAAACCGGGUUGAUUCAAGCAACUACAAUCCACAAAUUUUCUGGAACUGUGGCUGCCAGUUUGUGGCUUUAAACUUCCAGACACCAGGACAAAUGAUGGAUUUGUAUGAUGCAAAGUUUAGGCAAAAUGGUGGGUGUGGAUAUGUGCUCAAACCAACUGUCAUGAGAGAACAGGCCUCAUGCUUCAGUACCAAUUCAAGAGAUUUAUUACCUGGAUUUGUACCACAGUUUCUUCACCUGAAAAUCAUUAGUGGGCAACAUUUACCUCGUCCACGUGGUUCCACUGCCAAGGGAAAUGUAAUAGACCCAUAUGUGGUUAUUCAAUUGCAUGGUAUUCCAUCAGACUGUACAGAGCGGAAGACAAAGACAGUGUCCAAUGAAGGCAACUGCCCAAUAUAUGAUGAAAGUUUCGAGUUCCAAGUCAUGUUGCCCGAAGUUUUGCUGCUUCGCUUUGUUGUUCUGGAUGAUGAAUACAUUGGUGAUGACUUCAUCGGCCAGUAUACAACCCCAUUCGAUUGUCUCCAAACAGGUUACCGCCAUAUUCGCUUGUUGUCCAACACCGGGGAGCCCCUAGAAAACUCAACCCUGUUUGUUCAUGUGGCUAUUACUAACAAAACAGGUGGUGAGAAAUGCAUAAAGAAGAAAUAUAAACCAGAAAAAGUACAAAGUGAACUGCAUAUGGUUGGUAUCAGACAAGUUGAUGACAUACUUCGGGAAACGUCACAAACAUUAGAAGCAGCUCUCAAGAUCAGGCAAAAUGCAGAUGCUGCAAUGGAGGAUUUGAGGGCAGAAUGUGGACUUGGUGACACAGCUAACAUGAUACAAUGCCUCCGAGUCUUAUUGCAAAGGCUAUCUGCCAGUCCACAUGUCAACUCCAUGACAAUUCAUGAUGAACAUGGGCUACCAAUGUUAAAGGUGGAUGCACCAAACAUGCCACCACAUUUGCAUCGAGCCACCACGACCUUUGAAAGAGUUAUUAUUGAAUUAGGGAAUGUGGGUGACAAUGCUGAUCGCUUUGUGGACAAGAUGAAUGCUCAUUUAUCAGCAUUACUGGAAAUGCAUGAAGAACUUCCAUCUAUAAGUAAUAUCAAGAGCAAGAAGUACAAUCGCAUACAAGACAACUAUAUGUGGAACUUACGCAUCUUGCGUGGUCAGCUUGACCUCCUAGAGUCCUGCAGGAAAGACUGUUGGCAGGCUCUUGCACAGGUUCAGAGUACUGCAGCAACAGUUGACAACUAUAACAGUAAAGACAGAUCACCUAGUAUCAUGCGUAACCAACGUAAACUAAACUUUUUCUACAAGCGACAAAGUAUAGACACGGGAGCUGUGGCUGGAGGAAUGGGGGCAGGACAAAGUCCCACCUCGCCCAUACCAGUUGACAUUAAGCCAAAAAGCAUACUGAAGAAGUCCAAUUCAAAUGUGGAACAGGAAAGUAUGGUACAGGCCAAACCUCUGUCACCCACCAGUAAUGACUGACUGAAGUCCUAGGUCUCAGAAUUCACAAGAAGAGACAACUGAAAUAUUUCAGCCAGCAAACAGAUGUCAACAUUGUGCCUUGUAGGCUAACUGGGUGAAUGUGCAAGUUAAGCCUGUAUUUAAUUUAUACACACAUCUCCGAAGGAAAGUGAAAAAAAUCACAUAACUGCAUCCAAACAACUCUUAUAUUUUUGCAGCAGUGAUCAAGUUUAAUUCUCUUGUGAUCUGACAACAGAAGUUUGAAAUUUGGAAGCAAAAGAAAAACUUCUAUCAUCAUCAUUCCUUGAACAUUAAUUUCACAUUGAAUCCCUGCAUCGCAUGAAAAAGGCUCCCAUAUAAAUGAAUUUUAAAUUAAAUGCUUCAGGAAUGUUCAAAAAUAUAAUUUUCAAUUUGCUCUAAACAGUAUCUGAGACAGGGUCUAUGUAAUUAACAUGUUAGGACAUAGAAGUAAAAGAAAAAUUGUUUUUAACCCACGUUGGUUUAAACCUGUAACCUGCAGUAAGAGGAUAAAUAUUUCAGAAAAAGUGACUCUAUGAGAAAGCCAGAAGUAAGUGUUAUCUUGUGACAUUUGUCUUUCGUGCUUCCUAAAAUGCCAGUGACCUCUAGAUGGCUCUUACUUUCAUCAGGAAAAUAUGAGCUCCUACCAUUCAACAUUCAGGACAACAAAAUACAAGAUAAAAUUUUUUUAAACAAAAAGGUUCUCAGAUGUUUAAUCACCAUUAACAUACAUCCAAUUUACUCACAUGUAACCGGUAUUAUGAAAAACCAAAGACUGAAGCUUACUUUCCCAAUUAUCUAUUUGAAGAAUACCAUGGACAUGCCUGAAUAUAAAUUUCAUAGCAACAUGUCA